GCCGCCUGUGGAGCAUGUGCAAUACAUGAUUGCGCCACUGGUGUGGUGAAGUGUUCAUAGUGAGCCGGGUAGCCGUACGCGGAGGCCUGCAUUGAGCAUUGACGGUGAGAGCUACCACAUCAUCGCCUACGAAGGUUGGGUCACGAGGCGCUUGGAGGACCCUUCACUAUCUCUCGCUGUACGGCAUAAACAAGAGUAUUAACUAUUGCGACAGACGUAUAGUGACAGCAUGCGGUCUUUUGAACUUACAUAUAAAGGAUGCAAUCUGUCAAAAGGUUGCUCUUUGCUUCCUCACACUCACCGCAUCCAGCCACUUCCCUCGAGCAGAAAGAGACCUUUCACCACAUCUCACCAUAGCCCUUCCUGGGCCAAUUGAACCAGCAAGGAGACGUUUUGCUACGUCGAGGUAUACCGACAGCCUUAGGUGUUUUAUACCAUCAGCCUACCAGUUUAUACAACUGACACAAGGUCUAUGAGAAGACCGAGCAUCGACUGGCGACCUAUGAUGGCGCCACCACAAUAUAACAGGGUAUGCUACUACCCGCCAGACCCACCCCCGUACGCUUACUCCCCGCUGGAAUACAAUACCGUGACGCUGCAACAGCAGACCAUGUCAGACGCCAUCGAUGACAUCCUGAACAAUCUUUUGGAUGUGUGUGGCCAGAAUCCCAAUCCCAGCAUACAAAUUACGGACGCAGUCGACAUGCUCGAGAAUAUGUACGGGGGCUUUACCUUCGGCUACGCCAUAGUGCCUGCGGAGCUCGCGGUAGCACGUGGUAAUACGCAGCUUGAAUCUGCCGCUGCGUAUUCCUGCAUAGCCAACAUAAUGGCCGACCAGCAGGCUCGUUAUACGGCCCCUAACCCCGACAUGACCGACUUGAUCCAAGGCAUUCGGGCUAUGGUGGAUACCAUCAAGACCGAAGAUCAGGCGUCCGGUGCUCCUGUCAGCGGAGCCAGCAGUACGCAGGCUGCUGGCGAUACCAAGCGACCGGGCGUUAGCGUUCUCCAAAGCAGCAACGGCGAUCAGAGGUUGAGGUCGAUGACCAACGUCAAGAAUAGACACCAUAUGGUCACAAUAGGCUCAGGUACCGAGACAAUCGACUAUCUGGACCUACGCCCGCUUGGUAUCAGUGGUGCAGACUGUCUCAAGGUCAUGCACCCUCUGCAACAAGCGAACAUUGCCAAGCAGCGAACGCCCCUUCUGCUUGAUCUCCAUAGGAGCCUUGGUGGCCGCCUGACCUGUGGAAGGCAUGGCCGCCCACAAGGAGCAGAGUCUGAGGCAAUCCUCACUAGCUUCGAGGCUCUUCAAGCGGAGCUGAAGAGGCGAGAUAUAGAGCUGCCCAGUGAUGCUCCCCCUGUCAGCGCAAUGACAGCGCGGCAGGCCUCUCAAUACGGCAGUCCGCCCGAUGUUCGUCGUAUGCCCAGCUUCGGGCUAGUGCAAGUGCCUUUGCGAGCACCUUCGUACAUUGGAAAGCGUGCGCCAAGCUACGCUCCCAAUAGGUCACCCAGCUAUGGUCCAUCCAGGAUCACGUUAAGAACAUCCUUUGUCAGAAACAGAGGUCGUACGUCCGGUCCGUCGAGGCCAGGCGCAAGAACGCCCUCCUACUUGGCUAGGCAACCCUCGUACUACGGCAGUCGACCGGCUUCCCUGUAUGGACGGACAGCAUCAGCUAAUUCUGUAGAGCAGCAACGCAGCGGGCCAACGUUGGCUCGUGGUGCAUCAUCCUCUCGUCUCCGUGGCAGCGGUGGAUUCCAGGAAUACCUGGAGCCAACUCCGGAGGUGGGAAGCGGUACAGUUUACCAUGAAUACUUGUUCCUAGGUCGCGACGCGGAGGUCGAGGUUCACCAUCCUUUAACAUACGGCGACUUGCCUAGCUCCCUCAAGGAGUCACAGAUCAUCUACUUGAAGCAUGCGCUGGAACUCUUGAAUGCGGGCAUAAGCCGCAGCGAUUUGUCCAACCCGAUGUUCGCGACCCGGUAUGCUACGCGGAGGCAAUCGAUAGAGACAAUCAAUGAGUGGCUUCACGCGGAGAAACUAGCGAAGGAUGAUCUCGCUGCUGAGAUGAUCGAGGCCUCUGAGCGGCAAGGUUGGGACCCGCACCAUUCUACCGACUCGGAGGAUGGUGGCACGGCGGAUGUCGGUCCUACUGCUCACAGCAAGAGAGACAAAGGCAAGGCGCCCGCGCGUGGUAGAGUCUCAGCAAUACGAGUACCUCAAGCCGGCCCUCCAAGCAUCAAGCGUAACGUCUCCUUCAACAAGAAUAAGAAGUUUGCGCCUGAAAGUGCUGUGAGGCGCCCCGGUCUACAUCCCAGGAUUGGAAGCAUGCGCUCCGGUCGAAAUGCUAUGCAUAGCCGCAAUGCCAGCUUUCUUCGCCCUUACCUCGAGCAGAGGGCAAGCAGCGGCUACAUGCCUGCAUUUCCGGCAUCGGGUCGUGUUAAGACACAGCUUGCGCAACAGGAAGCACAAGCUGUGCACUUGCAUGAGGCCACCAACGAAACGGCAGAGGUCGACGGCGGCAAGGUUGACAGCGGCGAGGUGGACAGCAUUAAGGUAGACGGCGCGGAAGUCGCCAAGACCGAGCCAACGGCUAACGUCAGUCCGGAAAAUACGUCGAUCAGGGCUGACAGUGGUAGCGACGUUGGCGACCCUCAGGACUUUCCGGCACGUCCGCUAGCCAACGAGCCUUUUGCGUCCACUCACGAAGCACAAGCGAAGGUUGAGGACUCCGAAGACGAUGAUAGAUGGCCUGCUCGAUGAUUUGCCCGUUGUGUGACACAUAGAGCACGGUAGGUAUCUGCUCAUCUAUUCAGCGGAGUUGAACUUGGAAGGGCGUCUUGUGUUGAAUACCAGAUCAGCUAGAGA